UCUCUAUCCUUCAGAAAUGCCCAGACCACACGAAAGAGAGCGGAGCCUUUUCUUAUAAUUUCAAAAAUUUUACUUCAAUAUCUGUCUCUCUCUCUCUCUCUGACUAUGAUUCCGUCGACAAUCUGGCCCGGAAAUUUAACUUAGGCGCCGGAAAAUAUGGGGAUUCUUGACGUCGAUCAGUCUAAGAAUUUUGGGAGUAUCUACGACGUGACGUCCUCGUGCUGUGGCGUAUCUCGCGAACUCUAACCGCUUCUGCAAACCCUAAGCGAAAGCGACUUGGCUUAGCGGGGUUUUGAAGUUAUUCCAUGCUUUCUCGGGCUAAUCGGAAGCAAAAUACCAUAUAAUAAUCAGAGAUUAAAGGUACCUUGUUUAGCUUAAGACAGUCGAGGUUCGGUAGAUGCAUUGAUUUUUGGAGGAAGUUAGGUUUUUUGUAUGUAUUGAUUAGGUGAUCGAACAGAAAUUUGUUAAUGGAGAGAACAAUGAUGCUGCCGCACUAAUUGAUGGCUUUAUGUUGAUCAAAUGACGGUCUUGAUGAAUGUAUAUUCUUCUUUUCUGAUUUCUUCCAUGUAAUCUUGAGAUUUUAGGUAAUGACGGUUCUUCGUACUAAUUCUUUUAAAUGAAGGCGAAGAAUUGAUAGGGAUGAUUUACAGAAGUUUGGAAAUUAGAGUUUAAGUCAUUUAGAUUAGCUGAAGUCUUGAACUGAAGCUUAAUUCCAAACAAGGUUAACAAGCUUUGAAAAUGGAGGUGAAAAAAUGUUAAUCUGUGCUGAAGAGGUGCUAUGAGAAGUUUCUAGAUUUUGAUCAUACGAUAACCAUGCCUUUCCCGAUGAAGGUCCAGCCAAUUGAUUCACACACGCCAGAAGAAUCGACUCGUAACGAACCAAUAAAACCAGCGGCGAAGUGGCGGUUCAAGCGGCUAUUCGAGCGACAGUUCCCUAGUGUACUGAGGAUAUCAGCUGGUGAGAAGGCCGGUGGCGAGGAGACGCAUUGCAACAAAGAUGGCUCCGGGGAGUUCGAGCCAAGCUCCGUGUGCUUGGCGAAGAUGGUGCAGAACUUCAUCGAAGAUAGCAACGAGAAGCAGUCGGCGGCUAUCAGAUGCGGCCGGAACCGAUGCAAUUGCUUCAACGGCAACAGUAGCGACGGCUCGGGGGACGAAUCGGACGCGUUCGACUCGAACCUCUCGUCCUACGGCGAAGCGUGCGAAAUUCUCAAGAGUUUGGUUCCUUGCGCCAGUGUUGCCGAAAGGAAUCUGUUAGCGGACACUGCGAAGAUCGUUGAGAAGAACAAGAUCUGCAAGCGUAAAGAUGAUUUUUGCAGAAAGAUCGUCACGGAUGGCCUCUUAGCCCUCGGAUACGACGCUUCUACCUGCAAAUCUCGCUGGGAAAAGUCACCCUCCUACCCUGCGGGAGAAUAUCAAUAUGUGGAUGUGAUAGUAGAUAAUGAACGGCUGUUGAUCGACAUAGACUUCAGAUCAGAAUUCGAGAUCGCUCGGUCGACCAAGAAUUACAAGGUUGUGCUUCAAACUCUUCCGUACAUAUUUGUGGGCAAGCCUGAUCGUCUGCAGAAAAUCAUCUCUGUAAUAACAGAGGCAGCGAAACAGAGCCUGAAGAAGAAAGGUAUGCACUUCCCUCCGUGGCGGAAAGCCGACUACGUCAAAGCCAAAUGGCUGUCUCCAUAUACAAGACUGACGCCCACGCCUACCUCUGUUGCCGAAGUAAAUUCCCAAGAAACCAAAAUCAACCCCGAAUCAAACCAAUCUUUGGUUCCUGCCGGCAAGUUCCAACUGAAGUUCGGAGAGAAGAGCUGCGUAGAUGAAACUGAGGCUGAUCUCGGCGAAUGUGUUUUCCCUCUGUCCGGAAGCUCCGGUGAAGAGGAGGAUAAGACGACGGUGACGAAAAAAUGGAAGCCACCGGAGAUCAAACCCAAGAAUUCGCCGAUUGGAGUCAAGAUGGUCACUGGUUUAGGUUCAGUUUUUGGAGAAAAACCAUAAAUUUUGAAAUCCCUUUUGUUUUGUUUUUUUUUUUUGUUUUUUUUUUUUGGUUUUUGGCAUUAGAGAAUGAAGUAUGAUAUAUGUUAUAUAACCUUCUGAUCAUUCCCUUCUCCUUUUAUUGUAAGGGUUCCAUCUACUAAUAUGAAUAAGAUGCUGAAAAACAUAGUUGUAGAAGUA